AUAUUACUAUCUAGAUCCUGUCACAAGACCUAUAUUCUGUAAUCAAUAUAAAAAUUAUCAAUUACGUCUUAAUCGAAAGGCUAAUGAUACAAAGAAGAGACCGGAUUUUUCUUGCACAGUGGAUGGUAUAUCAAUAUUAAAUUCGGAAUUAAAACCUUUUAAAUAUACUAAUCUGCAAAAAAAGAAAGAUUUUGUAAAAGCAGCUGAAAAAGUUGAAUCAUAUUUUAUUGAUUUAAAAUAUGACGGAUUAUAUAGAGCAUGGUCAUUUUUAAACACUCAAUUAGUUGUUAAUCAACAAUCACUGCCUUUACUGGUAUCCACACUCUCACACUUUAUAUCAAUAGAG